CACUGGCUUGAAUGGGAACUGGCUUCUCCUGAGCUGUGUAGUCUAACUUGCUCGGCUGCCGGCUGGCUGACAGCUGAUCGGGGACUCCUCAGGACGGACUCCCUUCCAGACGCACCCAUCUCCAUCCUCCUUAACUCCCACUCUUCGCUUGCGCGGCGGUCGGUCUGAGACCACCGAGACCAGUUUCAGGGGUUUCCCCCUCCAGCGAGACCUGGCAGAACAGGCUUUAAAAGAAAAGGAGGCAGCGGAAGACUGUGAAUUCCUUUGGACAAUUGAUGAUAUUCAUCAUUGUGCCCAGUUUCUACAAAUAAAAGAUGGGUGGAUUAUUUUCUCGAUGGAGGACAAAGCCUUCAACUGUGGAAGUUCUAGAAAGUAUAGAUAAGGAAAUUCAAGCAUUGGAAGAAUUCAGGGAAAAAAAUCAGAGAUUACAAAAAUUAUGGGUUGGAAGAUUAAUUCUGUAUUCCUCAGUUCUCUAUCUGUUUACAUGCUUAAUUGUAUAUUUAUGGUAUCUUCCUGAUGAAUUUACAGCAAGACUUGCCAUGACACUCCCAUUUUUUGCUUUUCCAUUGAUCAUCUGGAGCAUAAGAACAGUACUUAUUUUCUUCUUUUCCAAGAGAACAGAAAGAAAUAAUGAAGCACUGGAUGAUUUAAAGUCCCAGAGGAAAAAAAUACUUGAAGAAGUCAUGGAAAAAGAAACUUACAAGACGGCUAAAUUAAUUCUUGAAAGGUUUGAUCCAGACUCAAAGAAAGCAAAGGAGUGUGAGCCGCCAUCUGCUGGAGCAGCUGUAACUGCAAGAGCUGGACAAGAGAUUCGUCAGCGAACUGCAGCUCAAAGAAAACUUUCUCCAACACCAGCAAGUCCUAACCAGGGCCCUCCUCCACAAGUUCCAGUAUCUCCUGGACCACCAAAGGACAGUUCUGCCCCUGGUGGACCCCCAGAAAGGACUGUUACUCCAGCACUACCAUCAAAUGUGUUACCAAGACAUCUUGGAUCCCCUGCUACUUCAGUGCCUGGAAUGGGUCUUCAUCCUCCAGGUCCACCUUUAGCAAGACCUAUUCUCCCCCGAGAACGAGGCGCUUUGGAUAGAAUUGUAGAAUAUUUGGUUGGUGAUGGUCCACAGAACAGGUAUGCACUUAUAUGUCAGCAGUGUUUUUCUCAUAAUGGCAUGGCUUUGAAGGAAGAGUUUGAAUAUAUCGCUUUUCGAUGUGCCUACUGUUUUUUCUUGAACCCCGCAAGAAAAACCAGACCUCAGGCUCCAAGACUUCCCGAGUUUAGUUUUGAGAAGAGGCAGGUGGUGGAAGGUUCAAGUUCAGUUGGCCCCUUGCCAUCAGGAAGUGUGCUUUCAUCAGACAACCAGUUUAAUGAAGAAUCUUUAGAACAAGAUGUUCUUGGUAAUAGUACAGAGCAGACAGAUGACAAAAUACCAGCUACAGAACAGACAAACCAAGUGAUUGAAAAAGCAUCUGACUCAGAGGAGCCAGAGGAGAAAGAAGAGACUGAGAAUGAGGAAGCCUCAGUGAUUGAAGAGAAAGAAGAGACUGAGAAUGAGGAAGCCAACUCCACAGUUCCCAGAGUUGAUUCUAUUCCUGAUCCUGAACUAAGUGGAGAGUCUUUGACAGCAGAGUAGUAAAUGCUUCCACGUGCCUUCAACUGGAUAUUUAUAGUCUUAUUGAUGUCAGUUAUUGCUUUUUCGGUGGUACUUUCUUUUCUUGCCUGUCUAAGGGUAUGCUUGUGUAUCAUUUGAAUUCAGAUUGCCUAGCUAUUUGAACAUCGCAAAGUUAUAUAUACUAGGUAUUAAAAUUAAAAGCAAGUGAUAUCACUGAAGUAAGAUCCUUUUGAAUGUACAAAGACUCACACUAUAGAGACAGCUUUUAGAUAUUUUUUGUCUAUUCUCAAAGUAAACAAACAUGAUUGCAUUUUGUUUUCUGUAUGUAUAACCUGUAAAUAUCCAUCUUGGCAUAGGAAGAACUUUGGUUAAGAGCAAGUUCUCUAAUUGUGUUUGUUUUAAGGAAUGAAACUCAGUUAAGAUUUUGACUACUUCAUUAUUAAAAAUUGGUAGAAGUUUAGCUCCUGAGAUAUUUACAACUGGGGGAAAUGUCUACUUAGGUGUUUACAUUGAGUGGUAUGAAAGUUGUAGUUAUUACUACAUAGUCACUGGUACGAAUUCUCAAUAAGAAUGCAAUGGAACAGUUAAGUAAAACUGUAACUAUGUAGGCACUGGUACGAAUUCUCAAUGAGAAUGCAAUUAAACAGUCAAGUGCAGUGUUUUUCAUGUCUUUAAACUGGGCUAAAGGCACGUGAUGUAUGUGAUUAGUUUAUAUUUACACAUUAGCCUAUAGGAAAUAUUUCUGCACUUGACUGUACUUGAAUUCUGAGCAUUAUUUAUACAAGUAAAAUGAUGAUAUAUAUAAGUGAAUUUUGUGCUCUUGUUUAUAUUUUAUUAAGGAAAAUAAAAAAAAUCUGGCAUCA